AUGACAACGGCUUCCACUUAUGCUCGUCGCUCGCCAGUCUUGUACCCGUGCCCGUACCCGUUCAGCCUCUGCUACACGCUCGGCUUCCCGAUCGUCGCCCCGCUCGGCGUCACGCUCGGCGCCCCGAUCAGCAUCCAGAUCGUCGCCCUGGCGGCUGAGCCUGCGUCCGCAAGCAACAAGCCGCCAUCGGCAGCGUCGACCCUGUCCGAGCUCAACCGCCGCCGGCCGACCACCGCCGUCUCGCCGGUCCAUGCCUACAAAGACGAUGCAGCACAGCCGCCUCGCCCGGCGUCGGUCGCCUCGUCGCGCCCGAUGUCUGGGCGCGCCCAGCGCCGCAAGGCCAUGGGCACUCUCUCCAACCGCAAGCUUGUCGAACGACUCAACGGCGGCCUCGCCCGAGGCCGCAUCACCGGCUACGGCGGGCACACCAUGGGCCUCAUCAACGCCACAGGCGUCCAGACCGGACCGUACCUUGUCUCGCGCUUCGACACCGAGGAGGCCGAGCGCCACCAGCGUCUUCCGACACACGCCCGCCAGGACUCGCUCCUCACCGUCCCCGAUGCCUUUCUCGCGGCAGUCGGCCCCGGCACCGUCUCAUCGUCGUACGCCGGCCAUCAGCCGGGCUUCCAGUUUGUCACCGGCCUGUAGCCAUGCUCAUGCC